UCUCUCUCUGGCAAAAGAUGGCGUUGUUUGCACUUUCACAUUUGGGGGUAACGGGAAGCGUUCUGAGAGUGUGAACGACGACGCUAUGGAGGCCAAAAAUCAUGGUGGGGUCGCAUAUGGAGGCUGGAAAUCACAGCAGCGUCACAUUUGGAGGUCGGAAAUAGCGACUGCGGCGCUUCAUGAAGGUUCCCAAAAACUGAUGAUCUUUCUUUCUUUUUUCCUCUAUUUCUUUUCUCUUUGCACUAUUUUUUUGUCAUUACAGAUUUUAUUUGCCAGAGAUUGUGUUGGCAGCUAUAGUUGAGGUUUUUGAGGCUCAUGUGUUCUGUUAUUAUUUUUUGUUCUUUAUUGUGCUGGUUGCCUGAGUGUGUUAAUGUUUCAAGAGUGAUUUUGAGUUCUGAAAGAGAAGGUUGGAGCAUGAAGGCAGUGUUGGAGAUUGAUAAAUUUCAGUUCUGAAAGUGAAAACCAAAAGAGAAAGCCAAAGAAGUUGGAACACUGACGUGGAUGUUAGCUAGCUCUUUGAAAGAGGCAUGAAGAUGGAACACUGACUUGUUUGAACACCAAAGAAGUUGUAGAUCACCCUCUAAUAACCUUCCUACACCAUCUCAUCACGAUGACUCCUCAAAUCAUGAGCUUUGGAAUUGCUAAUAUUAUUCAUAAGCAAAUAACAAGUGAUUGGCACAGCCUUUGCUUUGAACAUACUCUUCCACAUCCCUGUAUGGGCAAGAGUUCUAAUAACUGGUUGCAGCACCCUCUUAUUUCUUGGUCUGCAGAGAUUUGGGGUAAGGAAGUUAGAACUGCUGAUAUCAAUCCUAGUUUUUGUAAUGGCUGGAUGCUUCUUUGGGGAAACGAGCUAGUUUUUGAUGCAUGUAGAUACUUUCUCAUGGAAAGUGGAUUCGCACUGUUUGUGGCAUUUCUAAUCAAUGUUGCAGUGGUUUCUGUGUCCGGAACGGUUUGCUCUGCCGACAAUCUUUCUGCAGAAAAUGUUGAUCAUUGCAGCGAUCUUACCCUUAACUCUGCUUACUUCCUUCUCAAGGCUUGUGAAAAGUUAAACCAGAUAGAACUUUCAGACUGUGAAAUAUAUGCUUCUUGUGAACCUUGCCCUAUGUGCUUUGGAGCAAUUCACCUCUCAGGAGUUAAGAGGUUGGUUUAUGGAGCAAAGGCAGAGGCUGCAAUUGCUAUUGGAUUCGAUGACUUCAUUUCAGAUGCAUUGCGAGGCACUGGAUUCUACCUGAAAGCACAAUUGGAGAUUGAAAGGGCUGAUGGCAAAGCGGCAAAUUUGCUAAAGAAGUUUAAUCAAUUUAAUACUUAAAUUUUAUAAAAAGUA